AGAGCCAAUCAAGGAAGUGCAGCAGUCAAACACAGUUUGACAACUCAAGAUACAGGAAGAGAAACUUAAACGAUGGCCACAUUCGCAAAGGAAAAAAUGAUCUACAUUUCAGUCGGGUUUUGGCUCAUUUUAGGGGUUGAAUGCUUUGGUGGGUCAAAUCAUAUCGUAACUAUUAAGACUGGAGGAUCUGUCACCAUCCCAUGUCAUUAUGAUGAGAAAAACCCACCGCAGAAGAAAUACUGGUACUCAGUUAUUGAUCGAUCUUCUAACUACACAAACACAACAGAGGAGAAUCUGUCAGUAAUUGAUCAUCCUGAUCAGAGUCUCUUCACUGUGACUAUGAGAAACCUGGAGAACAAACAUAAUGGGGAUUAUUCCUGUGCUGUAGAGAAUGAAGGAAAACCAACAGUCACAUUUGAGCUUCAUCUCAAGGUUCAGUCUGCUCCUGAUGUGUCUGUGAUGAACAGCAGUGUAUCUGGACGUGAAGGUGAUAAUGUCAGUGUCCAGUGUUUCUACACUUCUGGAUAUAAGAAUAAACCCAAACAGUGGUGCAGAUAUAAAGAUAAGAGCUGUUACACAGUGGGGAGGACUGACACAUCCCAGAGUUCAUCAGUCCAGAUCAGUGAUGAUGGGAGAAGCUCCUUCACUGUGUUGAUGACUGGACUGAGACUCAGUGAUUCUGGAUGGUACUUCUGCUCUGCUGGAGAGGCACUGAAUCCUGUUCAACUCACUGUAACCGAGGCAGUUUCGGUAAACACGACCACAGACAAUCCGAGAGACGUAAGAGAAACAGGAAACAAGAAUAAUAAUGAAGCUGAAAGCAUUGAAGAAAAACAAGAUAAAGUUCGUCUGAGUGUGUGGCUUCCAGUUUCAGCUGCUCUUCUGCUGCUGUUGAUUCUGCUCGCUGUUUUCACCUGGAGACGGACACACAAGCAAGAUAAACAUCAAAACAGAGAGAGAAACGACAGCAGAACCAUUGACGCAAUCUACUCUAAACCUGAAGAAGAUCCUGUGAUAUACAACACUAUAGAUGAUGAACGCCCAGGAGAUCCCAACAAGGACGUAACCUACAGUGUUAUUGGUGAUGCUCCUCCUGGGAGUGAAGCAAAGCCUCCAGCAGGAGGAACAAUAUACAGCACUGUGGCUCCACACUAACAGCAACAGUGAGGAUUACACAGAAACAGAAGAGAAUAUUUUGCCCUAUUUUUGGACUAUUUAGAUUAUUUUUGUAGUUUUUUAGGCUUGCUUUACAUGAACAUCUAACAGAUCCACAGAUACAAAUGCAUUAAAGUUAACUUUACGUUUGCUUGAUCCCCCAUUUUUCAAAAGGACCCUAUGACCUAUGACAGUUAUACGGACUGUAAAUGAAUUAGAGUAUUAGUAUUUAUAUUUUGUAGUUAUAUAUUUGUGUCUGUUUCAUUUCUCCACUUUGUUUAUUGUACAGUAUUCUGUUUCUAUUUCCAUUUGAAUUUUUACAAACAUGCACAUUUUUAAAAUUAAAUAAAAUUAUUUUG